AACAAGAUGGCCGCGCGGCGGAUCGCCAGAGGCUGAGACGACGAGCGGGCUCGGUCACAUCCCCAGCGAAACUGUGGUUUGUGUAGCGGGGGACGCCCAUUGACGACCGUAAAUUAAGACACCGGGAUAGUUUUAACAUUUUUUAGAAAAGACUUGUCGCAUGCCAGUUUGCGUGUAUAAAGCCUAUUCCGACGUGCAGCGGUGGGUGGCCACUUCGCAUCACCUCAUACCGAGCGUUUGAUGUCCGUUAUCUUCGCCUAUCUCACUGAACACGGGGACGCAUAUUUCUGCACAUAACAGCAGAAAGACAUGUCACUGCUGUGUGUUGGAGUGAAAAAAGCCAAACUAGAUGGACCGCAAGAGAAAUUCAACGCCUACGUGUCACUUAAGGUGCAGAACGUGAAAAGCACCACCAUUGCAGUGCGUGGCAGCCAGCCAUGUUGGGAACAGGACUUCAUGUUUGAGAUUAAUAGGCUGGAUCUGGGCCUGACAGUGGAGGUUUGGAACAAAGGCCUGAUCUGGGACACCAUGGUGGGCACCCUGUGGAUCCCUUUGCGCAGCAUUCGCCAGUCCAAUGAGGAAGGUCCAGGGCAAUGGCUGACAUUAGACUCCCAGGUCAUCAUGGCAGAAAAUGAGAUCUGUGGCACCAAAGACCCGACCUUUCACCGCGUGCUCCUGGACACGCGCUUCGAGCUACCUUUAGAUAUCCCAGAAGAGGAAGCUCGCUACUGGGCCAAGAAACUGGAGCAGCUCAACGCCAUGAGAGAUCAGGAUUACUCAUACCAGGAGGAGCACCAGAGGCCACUUCCGGUGCCAUCGACACAAUGCUGCAACUGGAGUCUAUGGGGGGACCAACAAAACGAGGAUCCAGACAGUGCAGUAGACGACAGGGACAGUGAUUACCGCAGUGAGACCAGUAAUAGCAUUCCUCCACCCUACUACACCACAUCACAACCCAACGCUUCAAUGCACCAGUACCCCAUCCGGCACAUGCACCACGGCUCCCAAUACGAGGACAUUCAGGACUAUGACUACGAUAACCAGAGGGCCAUGAGACGCUAUGAUAGUUUAGACUCCGCCCCCAACGGCCGCAGUGAUCUCGACUCGGCCUCCGGCUCAAGCAGGCGGACCAGCCGCCAGUACUCCUUAGACAGUAGGCACUCGCUCUCUGAUAGCCCCACAGGCUCCAGCCGCUACGCCUCCUCGGGCGAGCUGAGUCGGGGCAGCUCCCAGCUCAGCGAAGAGUUUGGCCCCGACGAUGGCGAGAGUUUCCGCGGCUCAGGCGAGUUCUACGAUGAGAACGACUCGUACCAUUCGUGCCACUCCUCGGUCAGCUACGGCAAGGACUCGCCCGGCUGGGACGCGGACGAGACGCAGGGCGCCGACAGCGACGAGGGCGGCUACGUGAAGGACGGCGGCGAGGAAGGCGCGCUGUACGAGGAUGAGGACGGUGAGAUGUAUGAGCAGGAGGAAGGUGACUACCCCUACGAGGAGGAGGAAGAAGAGGAUGGGAUGGUCUACGAGGAGGACGAGGAGCUGUACCCCCUGGACGUUACGCUCAGCGAGGAGCAGGAGCCUCCCUACACCCCCACGCCCACCUCGCUGGCGCCGCCGGAGGCCCCUGGCGGCCGGCCGCCCCUGGAGAAGCAGCCGUCUCUGCACCAGCAUCCGCCCACGCAGGUGCUGCCUCCCUUCCCAGGGGCCGAGUCACGCGGCGAGCCCCUGCCUCUGCAGCGGCGCUCCGGCGACUUUGGCAAACACUCGCCGCCAUCCCUGGGCGCCGAGCUGAAGCCGUUCGGUCCUGGAGCUAAGCCUGCCAGCGUCACAGAAGAGCCCCACCCACCAUCGGAGCCUCCGGCCAUGGCGCGCCCGCCUGAGGGCUCACCCGAGAAGACAGAGUCGCCUCCAGAAAGCAUGCCGAGGAGGGAUGAGCUAGUGGACCCUGCUGAGAGGGCCAAAGCUAAUUGGCUGCGGCUCUUCAACAAGGUCCGCCUCCAGCUGCAGGAGGCCCGGGGAGAGACUCCAGGACUGGCAUCGCUAUUCCUCCAAGCAGGGCCCGGAGGAGCUCUCUACAGCAUCGACAGCAUGCCGGAUCUACGCAAGCGGAAGGCCAUCCCGCUGGUUCGAGAUCUGGCAAUGUCCCUGGUCCAGAACUCUCGCAAGGCUGGAAUCACCUCAGCAAUGGCCUCGAGCACUCUCAACAAUGAAGAGCUGAAGACUCACGUGUAUAAGAAGACGCUCCAAGCUCUCGUCUACCCCAUCUCAUGUACCACACCCCACAAUUUUGAGGUGUGGACAGCCACCACGCCCACCUACUGCUACGAGUGUGAGGGGCUGCUGUGGGGCAUCGCCCGGCAGGGCAUGCGCUGCACCGAGUGUGGGGUCAAAUGUCACGAGAAGUGCCAGGAUCUCCUCAACGCUGACUGUUUGCAGAGAGCGGCGGAGAAGAGCUCCAAGCACGGCGCGGAGGACCGCACGCAGAACAUCAUCAUGGUGCUGAAGGACCGUAUGAAGAUCCGCGAGCGCAACAAGCCGGAGAUCUUCGAGCUCAUCCAGGAUGUGUUUGGCGUGCCCAAAACCACCCACGUCACGCAGAUGAAGCAGGUCAAACAGAGCGUCCUGGACGGCACAUCCAAGUGGUCGGCCAAGAUCAGCAUCACAGUCCUGUGUGCUCAAGGCCUUCAGGCAAAGGACAAAACUGGCUCCAGUGACCCCUACGUCACAGUGCAGGUGGGAAAGACCAAGAAAAGGACCAAGACCAUUUACGGAAACCUCAAUCCAGUCUGGGACGAGUCCUUCAAUUUCGAGUGUCACAACUCUUCGGAUCGGAUUAAGGUGCGAGUGUGGGACGAGGACGAUGACAUCAAGUCACGUGUGAAGCAGAAAUUCAAGCGGGAGUCGGACGACUUCUUGGGGCAGACCAUCAUCGAAGUGCGCACGCUGAGCGGCGAGAUGGACGUGUGGUACAACCUGGACAAGCGCACAGACAAGUCCGCUGUGUCGGGGGCCAUUCGCAUGCACAUCAGUGUGGAGAUCAAAGGGGAGGAGACCGUAGCGCCGUACCACGUCCAGUACACCUGCCUGCACGAGAACCUCUUUCACUACGUGACGGACCUCCAGAACAACGGCGUGGUGAAGAUCCCAGACGCCAAGGGUGAUGAUGCUUGGAAGGUCUACUUCGAAGAGACGCCACAGGAGAUCGUGGACGAGUUCGCCAUGCGCUACGGAGUGGAAUCCAUUUACCAAGCCAUGACACACUUUGCAUGCCUGUCAUCCAAGUACAUGUGUCCCGGCGUGCCGGCAGUGAUGAGCACCCUACUGGCUAACAUCAAUGCCUACUACGCCCACACCACCCAGGCCACCAACAACGUCUCUGCCUCAGACCGCUUCGCUGCCUCCAACUUUGGGAAAGAGCGCUUUGUCAAGCUUCUGGACCAACUCCACAACUCCCUGAGGAUUGACCUCUCAAUGUAUAGGAACAAUUUCCCAGCCAGCAGUCCAGAGAGGCUUCAGGACCUGAAGUCUACAGUGGACCUACUGACCAGUAUCACUUUCUUCAGGAUGAAGGUCCAAGAGCUGCAGAGUCCCCCUCGUGCCAGCCAGGUGGUGAAGGACUGCGUGAAGGCCUGCCUCAACUCCACCUAUGAGUAUAUCUUUAACAACUGCCAUGAGCUCUACAGUCGAGAGUACCAGUCCGACCCGUCAAAGAAAGGUGAGGUUCCUCCUGAAGAACAGGGUCCCAGCAUCAAGAACCUGGACUUCUGGUCCAAACUGAUCACCCUCAUCGUGUCCAUCAUAGAGGAGGACAAGAACUCAUACACCCCUUGCCUUAACCAAUUUCCCCAGGAGCUGAACGUUGGGAAGAUCAGUGCGGAGGUCAUGUGGAACCUGUUUGCCCAGGACAUGAAGUACGCCAUGGAGGAGCACGAAAAGAACCGCCUCUGUAAGAGUGCUGACUACAUGAACCUGCACUUCAAAGUGAAGUGGCUCUACAAUGAGUACUGCAAAGACCUGCCCUUCUUCAAGAGCCGAGUGCCGGAGUACCCGGCGUGGUUCGAGCCAUUCGUCAUCCAGUGGCUGGACGAGAAUGAGGAAGUGUCUCGAGACUUCCUGCAUGGAGCUCUGGAAAGAGACAAAAAGGAUGGAUACCAGCAGACUUCGGAGCACGCUCUCUUCUCCUGCUCGGUGGUGGACGUCUUCUCUCAGCUCAACCAGAGCUUCGAGAUCAUCAAAAAGCUGGAGUGUCCUGACCCACAGAUCGUAGGCCACUACAUGAAGAGAUUUGCCAAGACAAUUAGCAAUGUCCUGCUGUCCUACGCUGACAUCAUUUCCCGGGACUUCCCCAACCACUGCACCAAGGAGAAAGUGAAUGCCAAAGAUGGGGCUAUAAAGCCGUGUAUCCUGAUUAACAACAUCCAGCAGCUCCGCGUCCAGCUGGAGAAAAUGUUUGAGGCCAUGGGAGGCAAAGAUCUGAACGUCGAGGCCAGUGACAUUCUGAAAGAGCUGCAGGUGAAGCUCAACAACGUGCUGGAUGACCUGGCAAGGAUCUUUGCCACGAGCUUCCAGCCCAACAUAGAGGAGAACGUGAAGCAGAUGGGAGACAUCCUGAGCCAGGUGAAGGGCACAGGCAAUGUGCCGGCCAGCGCCUGCAGCAGUGUGGCCCAGGACGCCGACAACGUCCUGCAGCCCAUCAUGGACUUUUUGGACAGCAACCUGUCCCUGUUUGCUAAGAUCUGCGAGAAGACGGUGCUGAAGCGCGUGCUAAAGGAACUGUGGAAGCUCGUCAUGAACACCAUGGAGAAGACCAUCGUCCUGCCUCCACUCACUGACCAAACGAUGAUAGGCAGGGUGAAGCUUGCUUGUCACAGUGAUGGCACGCAGCUCAUCUUCAAUGCAGCCAAAGAGCUUGGCCAGCUGUCCAAGCUGAAGGAGCACAUGGUUCGAGAGGAGGCCAAGGCUUUGUCACCCAAGCAGUGUGCAGUCAUCGAGCUGGCCCUGGACACCAUCAAGCAAUAUUUCCACGCGGGCGGCGUGGGCCUGAAGAAGACCUUCUUGGAGAAGAGUCCUGAUCUGCAGUCCCUCCACUAUGCCCUCUCCCUCUACACACAAGCCACAGACAAGCUCAUCAAGACCUUUGUCCAGUCUCAGAACGCUCAGGUACAUGGAGGGAAGGGGGUGAGGUUCACCCACAGUGAGGAUGUGUACCCCGAGAAGGGCUCUGGGGUGGAUGACGCGGUGGGAGAAGUGUCUAUCCAUGUGGAGAUCUUCACUCACCCCAACACCGGCGAACACAAGGUCACCGUGAAGGUGGUCGCUGCCAACGACCUGCGCUGGCAGACUUCAGGAAUAUUCCGGCCCUUCGUGGAGGUCUACAUCAUCGGCCCCCACCUGAGCGACAAGAAGCGCAAGUAUGCCACCAAAUCCAAGAACAACAGCUGGGCUCCCAAAUACAACGAAACCUUCACCUUCACGCUGAGUAACGAGGCAGGGCCGGAGUGCUACGAGCUGCAGGUGUGUGUGAAGGACUACUGCUUCGCGCGGGAGGACCGCACGGUGGGCGUGGCCGUGCUGCAGCUGCGCGAGGUGGCCGCGCGAGGCAGCGUGGCAUGCUGGCUGCCCCUGGCCAAGCGUGUGCACAUGGACGAGACGGGCCUGACUGUGCUGCGAAUCCUCUCGCAGCGCAACAAUGACGAUGUGGCCAAGGAGUUCGUCAAGCUCAAGUCGGACCAGCGCUCGGCCGAGGAGGGGCGAGGGAGUUAGGCCCCCCCCCCCGCCGGGGC